UCAUUGUUUGGUACAUUAUAUGUGUGCUUUAUGGUCAGCAAAUGUAGAAUUAACCAGUGAUGACAUUAUAAACAAAGUGGAUGUAGCAGUUGUUACUGGUGCCAGCCAGGGAUGUGCAUAUUGUAAGAAAUUUGGAGCAACUAUUCCAUGCAAGGUACCAGGAUGUCCCAAGUUCUAUCAUUUUCCAUGUGCUAUGUAUGAUGGUGCACCCAUGGAUCUAAAGAGUGUUGCAAUGGUGUGUCCUUCCCACGCUGACCGAAGCAGAGAUAUCUUAAUGGAUAUGGCAUGCAUAAUUUGUGAACAUUCAUCACCUGAAAGUUCGCUAAUUUUCUGCUCAAAUUGUGGCAACCAUUAUCAUGGCAUGUGUCUUAAGCCACCACUAACAGCUGUGCCAGCAGUGAGAACUGGCUGGCAGUGUCCACAUUGCAAGAUGUGUCAGAUGUGUCGGCAGCCAAGCGAUGAUCUCGUGUGUGGGGUGUGUGACAAGGCGUACCAUAUGGUGUGUGCCCGCCCUUUUGGCCUCUCCCUUCUCAAAACAGGGUGGAAAUGCAAGACGUGCCGAGCUUGUGGAGACUGUGGAUCUCGAACUCCAGGGAACGGGAUGUCAUCUCGAUGGCAUGCUAAUUUCACUGUGUGCGAUUCUUGUUACCAGCUCCGUAACAAGGGUCUUGCCUGUCCUAUAUGCCGUAAAGCUUACAGAGCAAUUGCCCAGAAGACCAUGGCACAGUGCUCCAAGUGUAAAAAACAUGUUCACAGUGGAUGUGAUCCAGAUGCAGACUUGAGCUUGAUACAGAGUAAAUAUAAUGCAGACAGAACAUAUGAAUAUGUAUGCACCAGCUGCAACAGGGUUGCACCUUCGCCUAACCAGUCCCCUCAAGUCUCACAAGAGGACAGCUGUGACGGGCCUCAGGGAUCAUCCAUUCAUUCUGAGGAUUCCAAUGAUAUGGAUUUAACCCCGGAUGCGAAGUUCGAUGACUUUUCCACUAUACCUAAGCCUCAGGGAAAUUAUUUUAGCCGGGGAAAACCAAUUGGCCUUGCAAAGAGAGGAGGAUUUACACCAAGGUUACGUGGUGGAACUGUUGGCAAAUGCAGUCCUGGAAAGAAAGCCUUUUCAAGUUCACGCAAGCGAGGUCAGACCCUGCCUAUCCGUAGGGGACGAGGUGGUGGUCGAGGUUACAGGGGAUAUUUCAAUUAUCAAAACAUUUCCUUGCAGGUUAUGGAGGUGAAUCAUGGCACAGGAAAGGAAGAAGGAGAGGAGAAUAAAGUUAUCCUGGUUUCAGCCAAAGAUGAAUUUUGCCUUGAGCAAGAUGUAUGUGCUAUGUGUGGAGCCUUUGGACAAGAUCAAGAAGGCCGUCUUAUUGCAUGUGCUCAGUGUGGGCAAUGCUAUCAUCCUUACUGUGCUAAUGUAAAGGUAACAAAAGUAGUUCUUCAGAAAGGAUGGAGAUGCUUAGACUGUACGGUAUGUGAGGGUUGUGGGGAAAGGAAUGAUGAAGCUAGGCUAGUCUUGUGUGAAGAUUGUGAUAUUUCCUAUCACAUAUAUUGUAUGAAUCCUCCAUUAGAUCAAGUUCCAUCAGGUGUUUGGAGGUGUAAGUGGUGUGCAAUAUGUCAUUACUGUGGUGCCACUGACCCGGGGCCCAAUUCUACAUGGCAGCAAAAUUAUAGUAUGUGUGGUCCCUGUAUGUCAAUGACACAGUGCCCAGUGUGUGAUGAACCGUACGCUGAUGGAGAGCUGAUUAUUCAAUGUACAAAUUGCGAAAGGUGGCUUCAUGCUUCAGAUGAUAUGAUUCACACUGAGGAAGAAGCUGAAAGAUGUGCAGAAAAAGGAUACUUGUGUUUGAUAUGUCGACCUCAAGAUGCCCUACCUCCACACUUAUUACCACACACCCCGCCUAUGCGUCGUGUUCAGCUUCCUCAGCCACCAGUCCCAGUUACUACUGCUCCACCCAGCCCAGUGCAUCUCCCGAGCCCCAAUGACAUAAUGACAAAGGUUACUUCAAAAGCCGAAUUUUGGGUUGAUGGAAUUUGCCUGUCGGAGUGUGGCAUGUUCCAGAUCAAAACACAAACUAUUGAGCCCCAAAAAAAACCCAGAAAUCCAAAGACUGUUCGAACAAGUCGUGGCCCAUCUAUUGAUAGUAGCGGGAGCCGUGAUGUAGAUGACGACGAUGAUGAUGAUGAAGAGAAACUUGAUGAUGAGCCGAGGCAUUGGGUUUAUGGAAUGAAGGAAGGAACAGUAUUACAGGCAAAGGAGGAUGGAACACCACCUGACUUACCUGAUGGUUUUUAUACCUUACCUGGGCCGGAACCAGGCACAUACACUUUGAGAAAACGAAGAUACAGAAACAUUAAGACCUUGGGUAUUGGGGGUUUCCAAGUUCGAGCCAGAGGGAAGAAGGAUGAGGAAAAGGCUAAAGAAGAAGCUGCACUGGAUCCACAGGUGUUAGAAUUAAGAAGGAAAAGAAGUAAUUGGCGAACAAAGAAAAAAAUAAAAUUGUUAGAGAAGUUUCCAUCCUACAUUCAAGAAGCCUUUUUUGGUCGAAAUCUCAUGGACACCAGCAAUUUGGAAGAGGAAAUGAAACAGAUAAAUGGCUUGGAUGAAGAGUUAGAUGAAGAUGUUUUUGACCCUCAGAAACCUAAAUCAGCUAUAACAUUGUCAAAGGAUGAAGUCCAAUUAGUUCAAGCUGCCCAAAAUAAACAACAAGGUCGUGUAGAUGGAGCAAGUCAGCAAGUCAAACCAUCUUCUCCACAGCAUAUAAAAGCUGAGGAGACCCUAACGCAAGAAAGAAAAGACAGCAUCGACAAAAAAGAAAAUGAUGAGGAGAUGGCUGAAGAAGAUGAAAAUAAUGAAGCUAUUGAUGCAAUAUUUGCUCCUGGUGGUGAUCAGAUCUUCACUGAUAUACUGAUAAGUGAUAUUAUGAGUGAUGCUAUGAAAGACGAUGAUACUGGCGAUGAAGAUCUCUCUCAGGAUAAUAUUGAUGUUCCUGGUGCAGGUGGUAAUGGAACUAAGCUUACUGAUAUCCUUGGUCCUGGGUUUAAUUUAGAAGACAUGGCAGAUAUUAUGAAAAAUUUACCUGAAGACAGCACAGAAGAUAGCCAAGAUUCUACAUUAUCAUCAAUGCCAGCAUCAUCAGCAUUGAGUGGUGCUGAUGGUGGAAGUACGAUAUGUAUGGGAAGUGACGUAAAUGUAUCUCCCAAUGUUUCACCAACCAACCACACAGUUGUGAAUGUAGUGAGCACCGCAAAUAUGCCAAUGUCAUCUGUUGCACCAACGCUUCCUGCAGCUUCAACCCUUCGCCCUAAUCAACCACCAGUUGCACCUCUUGGAGCUGUUACAACAGGAUCUCUUCUUCCAGUUGGCCCUUCUGUUCCAUCUUUACCAACAGUUCCUUUGAAUAAUCCCUUGCAAGUGCCCAGUUCUGUACCUCCUAUUAAAAGUCCAGUUGGUCUACCAAGCCCAAUAACCAUGCACAACCCUGUUGCCCCUCAUCCAGCUCCUCCAGUUUUGCAGUCUACCACCCAUCCAAGUCCCAUAGCUGGUUGUCCACCAUCUAUUCCACAGUCUCUUCCAAGUCCUUUGUCACGAUCUGAUUCUCAGUCUUCUCCUCUUGGGUAUCCUACAACUCCAACCACAACCAAGCCGUCGACACCAAGUGUACCUGAGCCUCAAAAAGUAUGGACCAGUGACAAUCAGUCGCAGAGCCUUAGUCUAGAGGAAGACGAGUCUCUUGGGGCAAAAGCUACUAAGGCAGCUGUACUCUAUGUUAAUGUGCACAAGCCCAAUUUGAAAAAUGAAUAUCCAUCUGUACCAGACCGAGAAAGACAGAUAAGAAGAAUAUGGAAGAACUUGAAAGAUGCAGAACAGAAAAAGAUGCUGAUUCAAACAGCCCGAGAGAAUAAGAAGGAAUAUUAUAAGAAUAAACAGUUCCGCAGUGGGCGAGUCAUCAUUUCCCAGGGCAGCUGUGCACGAGAUCCCCCAGGCUCUACCUCACCUCCUAUCCCUCUCUCUCCAAUGUCUGUGGAGAGUUCUAGUACUCCUCAACCCCCUUUGUCCCCCCCACCAAGUACAUCUACCCCUGGACAGACCUCUCCUGUGGUUUCGUGUCUUACGCCAACAUGUCCCGUGCAACCGCUGAGUGCAGAGAGCCAGAACUCAAAUGCUGACACUUUAGAACAGUGCAGCAUUGUGCCUAGUUCUACCACCAUGAAAGUUGCAGGGGUUCAAACAUCCCCGCCUGGCAGCAACAACAACAACAACAGCAACAACAGCAGCAGCAACAUCCCUUCUAGCCUUAACCCUCUAAGACCAUCUUCCCUGUCCCGCUUGACUAACCCUCGAUCUGAGCCACCUCCACUAACCACUCCCCCUUCAUCCUCACCGGACCCUGAUCAGCAUAUCAGAGUCCUCACCCCCUUAGAAAUCAUGCGAACUCUGCCUGUUCUGCACCAAGAUGCCCUCCCCAGUCCCACUACCACCUCCGUCACCACUACCACCACCACCACGGAACAGCAGAGGGCCUUGAAGAACAGUGAGAGUCUAGAUGCUGCCAGUAGUUCUGUUGCAUCCGUUGUUCCUGGGAACCAUCCAGAAGGAGGAGGUAGCGCUGAUCCUAGUCCAGUUAACACUCCUCAGGCUUCUCCCCGUCCAGCAUUGCCGUCAUUGACACCUCCACGUCCUUUAAUGAUCCCACAACGCCCACAGCUCCCUCCUGGUUCACCUACCAUCAGGCAGUCCAUUGUGCAUACAAUGGUCAGAGGAGCUGUAAAUCAUGUGCAGGGAUCAAGUGAUCCUUAUGCACAUGCUCCUAUGACCCCAAGACCUCAAACUUCUCCCUUACCAUCACCAACUAAUGACCCUUAUGCACGAGUACCAGGUACUCCAAGACCUCAUACAUCAGAUCCAUAUAGUGUAGCACCAGCCACCCCACGGCCAGUAACUAAUGAUUCUUAUGGCAUGCCACCGCCUACUCCUCGACCAAUUGAUCCAUUUGCAACUCAGACAGGCCCACCGAGGCCAAAUACUUCGGAUCCUUUUACCUCCAGUCCAUCAGAACCCUUUAACCAACCUCCUGCUUCACCUUAUGUUCAAGCACCUCCUACGCCACGGCCACAUGACGAUAGCUAUGGCCAGCCACCAACCCCUGCUCCUCCUCCAGGCACUAUCCAUGCAGAUCCUGCAAGACAGCAACAUUUAAGAGAGCUUUUACAAAGACAACAAAGUCGACCAUGGAAUGAGGGGAGCAGUCCUCAUCAAACAGGAGUUCAACCACCAUUAACAUCACCUGAAUUGUCUGGAGAAUUUCGCCAGCCCCUCCCACCAGUUGUACAAGGCCCAGGGAUACGCAUGAGAGCCCCUAGUAUUGCACAAGGUAAGCCAGGAUUGGCAUCUCAUCCUGCUACACCAGGGCAGGGAGCACAAAUGGAUCCAAGAGUUCGAAUGAUCCUUCACAGAGGCAUGCCACCUCAGCAGCAGACAGUUAUUGGCCGCAAUCCAUUAGAUCCAUAUACUACACAUUUAGUGCAGAGACCUCCUCAACAGUAUCUGACAUCAGCUGGUAAUCCAGCUGGUGUACGUCCUGGAGUGCCAAAUGUUGUUAGAGGUCCUCCAGGAACUGUAACUGUCAGCCAAGGUGCAGGAUCACCACACAUGCCACAGGGUGGCCCUGUUCCUGUAGUUUCAUCUACACAUCAUCAACAACCACCACCCCCACCUCACCCACUUGGUCCUCCUCAUCCUCAUCCUCAUCCGUCUGUAUCACAUCCUCAACUCCUUCAGCAGUCUCGCCCAACCUCUGUACAACCUCCUCACUUGCAACAGCCUAGAACAAAUUUGCUACAGCAGACACCAUCCCAGACACCUCAGCCACAGCAGCAGCCUGAGUCAGAACUUCCAGAAGCCGUAACGCGAGAAUUGGAACAGCUCGAAGAGGAACAGCAACAGCAGCAACAUCAGCAGCCAUCAACUGAUACUCAGGGUCAGGGUGCUGUAGGUCCAGUUGUACCACCUGGCUCUCAGCACCCACCGAGCAAUCAGGGAGAUGACUUAGAUGAUCUGGCUCCUGGGGAUCUUCCUAAUAUGGAGGAUGAUCUGUUAGGUAUUGGCGGUGACUUCAAUGCACUUUUGGAAUUUGCUGAUGGUGGUGUAGGGGAAGAGGAUGAUAAACUGCCCUCAAAUCUUUUUGAUGAGCUUGGAGAUGAUGAUGAUGAAAGCCAUUCUUUCAGGCGUAAAAGAGAGAAAUCAGGAGAUCAAGGGAGUCUACGUGGUCCAUCCAAGGAACGCAUUAGUUUGAGUGGCACCAUACCUGUUGGCCCACCUUCAUCUGAAUCUAUUGUGAACUCACAUCCUUCAGUGUCUCCCAGUCAGGGCCAACUUUCACAUCCUGGCAAUAGAUUGGGUCUUGGUACUGGUAUGAAUGACAGCCCAUCCAUGCCAACCUCUGGUUCAAUGAGACCUGAACACCAUGGCCUUGAACCUGAUGCUAUGCAGAUGCAGCAACAUCAGAGACCAUCAGUGACCUCCAUGAUGGAUCCUCCUGGUCCUAGUCAUAUUGAGUGUUCCACAGUUAAUCCUUCAUCUGUGGUAUCAGUGGGGCCAUCCUCUGGGUCACCUGUAGGGCCACCACCUGGGCCACUAAUGGGUACUGUACGCAUGACAAUGACGUCUUCUCAACAACCUGUUCAGCCACAGAUGGCUCCUCAUAUAACUCAAACUGCUCCAAGAUUUCCAGGUAUGGGAAGUGGCCUAACUAGAAUAGGGGCACCCAGAGGAGUGAUGAUUCGUCAGCCAGCUCCCCCUCCUCCACCAUAUCCUGGCCAUCCCCCUCCUCCACCUUACCCCAGAACCCAGGUGAUGGUGAGUGAGGGUAUGAUGGUGAGGGGAUCCAUACCGGUUCCUGUGGGGUCACCUGUGGGGGUCGGAGGACCCCCUCCAGCUCUCCCCAUGAUGAGACCAGGCCCACACCAUGUUACCAUGAUGGGAUCAGGGCCCACUAUGGGUAUGGGUGGGCCUCGUCUCCCACCUCACAUGUCUCAUGCUCCUCCUCCUCCUCCUCCUCCGGGAGUCCAUCCCCCUCACCUGUCCCCAAGGCCACCAACAAUGGGCCCUCCAGGUCCUCUUGGCCCCCAUGGCCCACAUGGUCCCCAUGGUCCCCAUGGCCCACCAGACCCUCAUGGCCCACAUGGUCCUCCUCCUCCUCCUGGCCCUCAUGGCCCUAUGCUGCCUCCACAGCCACCCAGGCGACCACUACUACUGCAGGAACAGCCUCUACUUAUAGAAGACUUAUUAGAACAAGAGAAACAAGAGCAGCUUAAGCACCAGAAGACCUCUCAACAGCAGCACCAAGAGGUUGGACCAGAUGGAUUACUAAGUGAAGUUGAUUUUGAGAAGCUCAAGGCUGAUGUAUUGUCAAGCAAUCCUCCUGUUGGAUUGCAAUCCAUAUCAGGUGGACCUCCCAUUGCCAAUACUCCAGGUGUGCGACCACCAUACCAACGAUUGGUAGGCCCCCAAGCACCUCCAUCAGGUCAGACUGUUUAUCAUACACAAGGGCCUGCGCAAACAUUGACCCGACCAGUGCGACCUCAAGGCGAUCCAGGCAUGCAUCCUGCAUUGUUGCAAGCUGUGACGUCUAGAGCAACAGUGUCACCUUCCCCCACUUCCAUAAGGACUAUUCCUCCACCACCUUUACCACCAGAUAAUCCACAUACAGAAGCAGAAAGACAACAACAGAUACAGUAUGAACAGUGGUUAACUCAGCAACAUAACUGUAUUGGAAGUCAACAGAGAUAUUAUGAAGCUGAAAUUACAAAGCUUAGAAAGCAACGAAAGAGCUUGAAUAGCCGGCAGCGAACUCUGAAGAAAAAUGGCCAGGAAUUGAAUGAAACUGAUGCUGCUGAACUCUCUAGAAUUCAGCGAGAAGCUAGUACAAUACAGCGUCAGUUAGAGCAGUGCCGAAAGUCAGCCCGUCAGCAUGCUAUGAUUAUGCAGGAGUACAACACAAAGAAGAGGCCUCGUCAACCCCACAUGCUCAGUGGUCAGGGUGGUGUUAUUAGUGGAUCUCAAGGAGCAAUGAUGAGUGGUGCAUCACCUUUGGGCCCUACUGGUUCUUCCCCUAUGCAUUCAACACCACAAAGUCCUCUGAUGUCCCCCUCACCUUCUUCACAACCAGGCAUGGGCCUUAGUCCCAUGGUGCCUUCUCCAGCACACACCCCUGUAGCAUCUCCGGCUGCAGUUGUACCACAACAUUCUCCGCAUGGGAUAGUAGUCCCAGGCCCCCACCAAUCUCCAGGGGAAUCUCCUUUUAGUCCUCAAACAAGAAUGCCUUCACCUGGUGGGGGAUACCCUGAUCAGGGUCCUCGUGCCUGCUAUCCGGGAACUCCACAGGGUAUACCUCAUCACAUGAUUGGUUCUCAGAUGAGGGUGAGAAUGCCUGUACAUAGUCCUGGUACACAAACAGUAUCACCUGGUCCUAUAUCUCCACAUAUGAUGAAUGUCAGACCUGCAUAUUCUCAACCUGGUGUUAUGAUACCACAAGGACAAGGCCCUCCAAUGAUGAUGAGACAUCAAUAUUCUCAAGGGGUAAUGCCCUUGAGGAGGCCCUCUGGCUCAGGACCAGUCCCUAGUCCAGGAUCUGUAGGCCCAAUACCAAGUCCAAGUGGUCCUGUGCCAAGUCCUUUGGGAAGUGGUAUGGCUAUGAAACCGAGCCCUGUUCACAGUGGAUUGAAGAGCCCUGUGCCUCUUGCAAGUCCCAGUUCAGCAGGUCCUGUUCCAAGUCCCAUGUCUGGUGGAAUGCCUAUGAAACCAAGUCCUGUUCAUAGUGGAUUAAGAAGUCCAGCACCUCUUGCUAGCCCUCAAAUGCGCCCACACAGUGUAGAAAAUCCCAGUACCCCCCUCACACCACGAAGUGGCGCAGAGAUUGGGGCAGCUCCACAUACACCACAUAGUGAUGUAGGUGGUGCUAGUAGUAGUGGCAGCCAAGUUAAUAGCCCUCAUCCUUCAAUACCUACUCCAACAAGUGAUGCUGUACCAUCUCCAGUACCAUCAUCUACACCUACUCCUUCAGCGGCUGGAACUUUAGGAUUGAGGACAGGGGGAGGAGGAGGCAAUGCCAACAAUCCUAAUAAUCCUGUGCCUCUUCCUCCUCAUUUUGGAAGAUUUGGUUUUUUUAAAUUAGGUCUGCGAGGAGGAUCACUGGUUAGAAGUCGAUGGGGUCACUUCAAGCUAGGUUUAAAGGGAGGUGCACCUCUUGGUGAGAUAGAAAACAAUGGUUUGCAACCAGUUAGUAACAACACAGUUGCUAAUGUAGUAACUACAGUAGCAAGUUCUGUCACCAGUACGACAGCAUUUUCACUGGCAAAUAGAACACCAAGUGCGUCGGCAUCUCCAGUGAAAAGUGAUACUGAAGGUGAUGAGGGUCAAGAGGGAUUAGCACAUGUUUUAAGUGAAAGUGUCAAAGGACCUGUUGUCAGAAUGCCUAUGCUUGGAGGGGGACCAAGAGUCAGUCAAUCAGCUUAUGCAUCUGCAGGCUCAACAUCAACAUCAAUGACACCACAGCUGUCUGCUAAUGCAAAUAAAGUAUUAGUUCCUGAGCCUCUAAAAUCAGAAAUACCACCCUCAAGUCGGCACCAAGCAGUAAUUGGUAUUCCUGGAGGAGGAGCCAUCUCUCAAGGUAGCAUGCUGUAUCCAACUCAUGGAGUUACUGUUGCUCCAGGGAUAAGGUCUGCUGUUUCAACUGUAAAUUAUCCAUCAUCUGUUACUGGACAUGGAAAUGUGCCAUAUUCUAGUUCAGGAGCAGUGAGUUUUUCAGUUGGAACCACCCAUGAUGGUACAAUUAGUAGCUCUCUCAUUCCACCUUCUGUAAUGUCUGUUACUUCAACCAGCUCUGUUGUAAGCCAGCAUACAGAUGCUAACAUAUUACCAGUUAGCCAGUCAGUCAGUGAUGUAUCAACUUAUAGCACCAUGGUCAGUAUUAAUGACCAUAUUAGUGGUUUAACUAAUUAUGCAAACACUAGUUUACCCAUGACCAUGGUUUCUUCUGCAACUACCCACACAACACCUGCUCUAGGACGCCCCUUAGUGAGUGUUCCAGUUCAACAAAUUGGCCUUCAGCAGCAAAGUGGAUUGCAAAUAUCAGGAGCACCAGUUAUAACAGCCACCCAACCUGUGCGAACCUUACCAUCAAUAGGCCAUAUUCCUCCAGUGGCACGGCAUUUUAGAACUCAGCUAAUGAGAGCUCCAGUGUCACCUCACGGACUUACUCAGGAAAAUACUCAUCAACUUGUUAGUCAGCAUCAAGUUAUUCAACAACCAGUUUCACAGCCCUUGGGAGUACAGUCAAGUGAUGUCUUGCAGACUGUUGGACAGCAGGCUGUUAUCCAGACAACAAGUGGAUCUUCUUUACAAGGUGGAAUUCCACAAACAGUGCGCAUGGUGGCGCAGCCAAUGAUGGUUCAGCAAACACUGGUUAGGGGAGGUAGUGUGAUGGUCCGUCCUGGAGUGGGAAGUCAAGUUGCUGUCCAGGGGAGUGUUCGAAUGAUGAUGAUACAUGGAGGACCAGUGCGAACCCCUUCCCCUCCUGUUAAUCGUCCUGCUAUGAUGCCCCCUCCUGCUGCUAAAUCUCCUGCUGGACAUUCAGCAAGUCCAAUUCCACGUGUAUCUCCAGCACAGUCUCCUCUGUCAAAUCAUCCAUCUCCUCAUUCACCUCAAGUAAAAGGCCAGUCUCCUAUGAUGGGAUCACCAACGCCCAGCCCUCAUAAUUCUUUGCCAACUCCCCCAGGUAUGUUAAAGAAAGAGCUAGAUGAUGAUCGCCCUAGAUCAUGUGGCACUCCUCAGCUAACAACUUGUGGUUCAACCACUCCUCAAACAUUAUUCGCACAUAAUUUACCACCAGUAACAUCUCAGACGCAACUAUCUACACAAAUUCCAGGUAUGAGCAAUGCAAACAUCACAACACAUAACACAGCAGUGGUAAGUGGACCCUUAAAAUCAGAAAAUCAAGAAGGGCUAAGUAAGGAGUCAUCUAAUGCUUUACUUAAACAACUCUUAGAAAAUACUGGAUGUGCUAGUCCAAUGCAACCACCUCCACAAGGGCAAGGGCAGUUUCUUGUGUUUAGAUCUGCACAAGGUACUCUACCUAUGCCUUCUUCUCAUUUAUCCCAAGUAGCUACACAGUUGCCUAACCCCACCCCAAUCAUGGUACCACGGUCUGUGGUUACAACUUUGCAAGGAGGACCUCAGACUGCUGUUCUAAAUACAACAACUGCAACAGUGAUACAACAGGGGAUACAACAAGGUAAUGAUGGUCAGCAACAACAGCAACCUAGUGUCAUAACACCAGCCACACCACAACAGUUGGGUCCAGCACCUCAGAUAAUGCAUCGGUCAGUGGUUGUCUCAUCUGGUCUUCAUCCUGGUCAGCCGGUACCUGGAGGUCAUACCGUUGUAUUAAGUCAACAGCAACAACUUCCUUCUCAUUCAGGUAUUGCACGGUCUGGUAUUCCAUAUACCAGCCAACAUGACCUUGCAAGUCCUCACAACACGGUUUCACACCAAUCUAGUCAGCUCAUAAGUGUAAGACAAGUUACAGCACAUCAUCCAAGUCAUCCAGUUAUCAAUCCCUCAGCCCAUCAUCCUUCCCAGGGGCAACCUGCUCAUCCAGCAGUUAAUGUAACUCAUUCCAAUCAUCCAGUUGCUCAUCAUACCAGUACACAUGUUGUUGUUCAUCCUGGCCUUAGGGCUACCCAUCCAGCUCAGCAACAUCAGAUACCUAGUUCCCAUCCUCCAGGACCACAAGUUAUUCAGGCCUCAAGACCUGUUCCUCCCUCAGCUACAAAUUCUGUGCCUACACCUGCGAGUGUGGCUGAUCGUAUUAAUAACAAUCCAGCUCUAAAAACUGAGAUGCGGGUAAUGAUUCCUGAAACUGUAGUUGGAACAGGAGCUAGUACAGGAGAACAUACUCCAGAGAUGACCACACCAAAUGAAGGAUCUGAUUCCUUGGAUCCAGAAGAACUUAAAAAGGCCAAAAAACGAGCUCAGCAAGCAAGAAGGAAAAGUCAAAGCAAGGACACUAAAGUUCAACCUGCCAAACGUGCCAGACAGGGCUCUCGUGUAGAGGAGGAUUAUGACACCUAUAUUGAUGGUGUCAUGCAACAAUUAAGAAAUAUGCCCCCUCUUACAAUAAUGGAACCUGAAGUACCAAGAAAUUUUAAUUUGUGUCCAAUAUUUGGAAGUGGUGACCUCAUCAAGUUGGGAAGAAGAGAUUAUAAUCAUAGACAAGGUGUCCUAGAAGGAACGGAGGGACAUGCAACUGUGAAAAACAUAACAGAUUAUUAUAAUACACAGCCAUUCGGUGAUAAAUUACCAAUUGUCACCCCAGCUAAAACUGGUCCCACACAGAGAGGAUUUUAUAUUCAUGAAUUCACUCCUCCAAAGAUAGGCCUACCAUUAGAUGAGUAUCAGGAGCCAGAAGCUGUCACAACCACUACUACAGGUCGUCCAACAGCAGCUCCUACUCCAACGAGAGAUAGUGAUUCUCCAGAUACUGUAUUGAGUUCCUCUUCACCAGAAUGCAUUUUACCAGAAUCUCCUAUUCCAUUUAAAGGUCUCAGAUUGGUUGAUAUGGAUGACGAUCAUGAUGAUCACAGGGAUCGUUCUCUCUCUCCAGCAAUACCCCUUCUUAUUCCUGUUCCCAUACGACCUGGACAGCUACCUUUCUUCCCUUCAGAAGGGAAGGAUAGCAAAGACAUUCCAGAGUUGGACAAAGAAAAUAUUGGUAGUCUAGCUAGCAUUACUAUGAAGAGUCGAAUAGGACAGUCUCCGGCUUUACCACUAAAAGAUAAAGGCAAUGUUACUGUAACUCUAACUUUGUCAUCCCAAGCUGGAGAUGACGUAUCAGGAGUUUUAAGAUCAUUAGCAAAUCUUUUAAACAUACCACCUCCCACUUCUUAUCAAAUGACAGAUCAGUUUGAAGCUCCCAACUUGCCUAGAUUGUAUCAUCAUAAACAUCAUAAAGAUGGCAAAGAACAAAUUGUAGACAUUCAGAGUAUUUUGAAUGGUCAAGCUCGUUUCUGUAGACAUUGCGAUGUUAUUAUAGAGAGGGAUAUUUUGUCUAAAAAGGUAGCUGAUCUUCCAUUCUUAUGUAAGGAAGAUUAUGGAAGUAUUGAAGAAGUGACAUUUUGUUCUCAACAUUGUUACAUCCAGUUUGCAGUUUCACAUCGUGUAGUGGUUGAAGAGAAAAUCAAACCAGAAGGAGGAAUGAGAUUUAACAAAGCUAGGGAUUCCCAUGGUGAUAUUACUAAAGAUAGCAUAAGUAAAUUGUGUGAUGCUGGUAUACCUGACUGGCCAAAGGAAGAAGGGCUAGAUGAAGUUCUCAAAGUUCCACAGUUAGAAGAUUCUUUGCAUAGUCGACCUAAUAAACAUAAAUUGGAGGAUGAUCAAGAGCAGUUCCCAAGACAAGCAGAUGGUAAACGUUUCCGUGGCCACAAAUAUAAAUAUUGGACUCCAAAUGCUUUAAUUUUGCCAGAGAACUAUGAGAAACCCACUCCUAAGGAAAUGACUGAUCUGUUGUUUCGCAUGUGUAUCACUUACAGAAAGCCCAGACUUCGUGACGAUUCUCGUCAGUGUACUUUGUGUAAGUUAUAUGGAGAUUAUGUUGCAGAUGGUCCUUCCCGGUUACUUAACUAUGAUGUUGAUAAGUGGGUUCACCUUAAUUGUGCUCUUUGGCUUGAAGAAGUAUACGAAACUAUGAAUGGUGCACUUAUGAAUGUUGAUUCCUCAAUGAAAAAAAUUCUUAAUCAAUAUUGUGAACAUUGUGAGCAACCUGGAUCGUCAGUGAAGUGUUUUAAGGUAAGAUGUAGUAAAACUUAUCACUUGAAUUGUGCUGUGAAGGAAGGAUGUACAUUUUAUAAAAAUAAAACAGUAUUUUGUCAAGAGCACAUAAACAAAGGUGAAAAAGACAAUGAACUUUCAACACUUGCUGUGUUUAGAAGAGUGUUUAUUGAUCGUGAAGACAACCGGCAAGUGGCCUCAGUUAUGCAUAAUGCUGACUCAAGUUAUAUUCUAAGAAUUGGAUCGCUGACUCUUCUAUCUAUUGGCCAACUUCUACCAAACCAACUUCAAGCAUUCCACACACCAUAUUGCAUCUAUCCUGUUGGUUAUCAAGUAGUACGUUUUUAUUGGAGCAUGAGGAGACUUCACAAGAGGUGUGCUUAUGAAUGCUCCAUCCACGAAAAGGAUGGUCAACCAGAAUUUCGUAUUCUUGUCAGGGAAGAAGGGUUUGAGGAUCACACAUUUAUAAGCUGUUCUCCAAAGGGAGUUUGGAAUAAAGUCUUGGAACCUAUCGCUGAAAUGCGCCAGAAAGCAGAUGUUGUUAGACUUUUCCCACAAUAUAUUAGUGGAGAAGAUCUAUUUGGCCUUAAUGAGCCUGCCAUUGUGAGAAUCUUGGAGUCAUUACCAGGCAUUGACACCUUGGCAGAUUACAAUUUUAAAUAUGGUCGCAAUCCACUAUUUGAGCUUCCAUUGGCUGUGAAUCCCACAGGUUGUGCUCGUUCAGAACCAUUCAAUAAGUUGCAUUUGAAGAGGUAUCAUGGGAUGCGUACAAAUGCAGGUUCAGUGCGAACUUCUGGCAACUGUCGAACUGCUGCCAGUAUUGCAAGCUUAACCAUGACUUAUGAUCCAUUUGUGUCGUACAGCAAACUGCAUGUCCAUUCAAGGUCAUCUCAAUAUAAGAAAAUGAAAAAUGAAUGGCGAAGCGUAGUUUAUUUAGCAAGAUCAAAGAUUCAAGGCCUUGGGUUGUAUGCUGCACGAGAUAUUGAAAAGAACACAAUGAUCAUUGAGUACAUUGGAGAAAUCAUCAGAUCAGAACUGGCAGAGGUGCGAGAGAAGCGCUAUGAAGCUCAGAACAGAGGUAUUUAUAUGUUCAGACUCGAUGACCAAAGGGUUGUUGAUGCAACUGUCACAGGUGGUCUUGCACGUUACAUCAACCAUUCUUGUGGACCCAAUUGUUACACUGAAACUAUUGAAGUCGAACGAGAUCUAAAGAUUCUAAUUAUUUCAAAUCGCAAGAUUAUUAGAGGUGAAGAGCUGGCAUAUGAUUACAAGUUUGAUGAAGAAGAAGACCAUAAGAUUCCAUGUCUUUGUGGUGCUGAAAAUUGUCGAAAAUGGAUGAAUUAAGGAUUUAACACAUAGCUGUUUUAGUAUAUGAAGAGAUCUGGUAUAGCAUUGUGAUGUGUAUGUACAGUAUAUACCUUAUAUGUAUACUGUAUGUGUGUUUGUAUAUGUGGUAGGUUGGUCUUGGUGAUGUGGCAAUUGAUAAGUGUUGUCUGUAGCUGUGCCUUGAAUCAUGGACAUUUAGCAUUUUUUACUUCAUUCAUUUUUUAUAUUUGUUUUUAAAGUAAAUCGGAUUGGUAUGAAAAUAAGUAUGAUACUUUGUUCUGUAUGGGUAGAUGUAGCAAGAUGGGUAAGGUGAGUGACAGUGGUGUUUUAAAAGGGGAAAGUUGUUGUAUUAUGUAGAUAAUUUUCCUUUUUUGUUGUGCGAAAGCUCCCCAUGAAUAUUUCUCCAUGUUUUCUGUGUGAAGUACUUUUAUCAUGAUUAAGAGUAGUGUAUCAUCAAUACAUGGUUUUCAUUUUAAGGGGGACAGAAGUUGGGUCUGAUGUAGUUUAUAGUAGGUAAUGAUAAGGGAUGCACAGAAGACUUCCUCUAGUGGAACAACCCUCUUUAUAUAUAUUAUAUAUAUAUUUAUGUAUUUGUGUGGUUGCUCUAUUUUUAUGGACUCCCAAAUAAAAUUUGGUGUUUUUUAUAUUAUAUGGCAUGAAUUAAGAAGAGCUAAGUGCCUUGUGCAAGGAAGUCAGCUUUCCAAGUCAGGGAUUGGAAUUAUGAAAUACUUUGUGUAGUUAAAAGUGCAAUUUUUGUCCAAAAGAGAAUACAAUUAGACAAUUCAACUGGUUCAUAUCUAUAUAUUAAAAGCAAUAAUAUCCCUGUGUCACAAGUAUCCCCAUUUCACACCAUUGUACAGAAAACCUGCCAGUUAACAGAUAAAAUGGUCAGGUGUAUUAUGGCAAGAUAAAGAAAUUGACUUGCUAUGCACUUGCAAGACUAUGAUAUAUGGUACAGUUCCCCAUCAGUGGGUGAAGCUCGCAUGCUUCAUGCUUGUGUAUUGUCAGGGCCUUUAAUCUGAAGGAGCACUUACAUGUUUUAUAUUAAAAAUGUGAUUUAUUUAUAAUAGGAACGUCAGAAGAGGCCAAGCAAGCCUCCAGCUCAAGUGCAAUUUCAGAUAUUUUUCUUUUAUUGUUUUCAUUGGAUUGUAACUUUCUACUUGCCAUGGUCCUUCCAAAAAUACUAGGGUAUAUAGUCAUGACACAAAUCCGUCGCUCAAUUGAGAUAUUCGACAGUACCCAGGUAAUUAACCUUUUUAUGCCUCUUAUUCUCUUCUGGUAGGAAGUUACAAUUCUAUUGUAGGGAUAUUUUAUACACAAGGAUUUAAGGUGGUCUGUCAUUUUAUCUUUAAGCAUUGCAGUCUAUCCACCUCAUUUAUGUCAAGCAACUUUUAAGUAAUGUAUAGAAAUUAUAUUGUUUACAUGUACAAUUUUGUAUGAUUUUUUUUUAAAUGUUGCUGUCAAAUUUUAUGCCUAAAGAAUUCAUUAGUUUCUGAAAGACUUAUAGCCAAUAUCGUCUAAGACAUCUUGGUUACUUUGGCAUAUUUUCAUAUUGUAACCAGUAAAUGUGUCAGAGUGAUGAGAUGUCAAAAUUGUAUAGUUUUUAUAUAAUACAUAGUUGUUGGCCCAUCUGUUUUAAUGUAAUUUAUUUCUUUUUUCAUAAGACCAUAUUGUAUUUCUAAGGUUAUUUAGCUAUACGACUUAUUGUGUAUCCUGCACUAAAAGGCUGGUACAGUAUAUGCAAUGUAAUCCAGUAUCCUUUUGGAUGUAUAAAUUUUUACAGUAGCUUGGCUGUUCUUGAUGAUCGGUACAAAAACACAGGUAAAUAGUAUUUGUCCAUGAAUUGUAAAUGGCAAAGGAGUGGCUGUUAGUGUGAGAAGACUCCUUUAUAGAAUCUUGUCAAUAGUGAAUCUUAACAAGUAAUCUUGGAAUUGCUAAUGCAACCUGAGCUUACUUUUAUUUUUUCUUGCAUGCUGUCCACAGUAACAGCUCCCAAACUCUCCCACCUUUACAAUUGUAUGAUAUCAGAUAUUUAAGUAUUACGUCUUAUCUACCCCUUGUAAAGUGUGUAAUUUACCCCUGAUAAGAUAGUUUAAGUUUCCCAAGCAUUCUCAUGUUUGAUGUGUUGGUCAGAAGCCAAUUUGGCCUAUGGAUGUACUAUUGUAUGUAUGGCAUUCUGACAAUUGAACAGUGUCAAUAUGUAAAUAAGUUGUUGAAUACAGUCAAUAAAUCAUUUUUCAUGUAGAAA